GUCUUUGCCGUGGUCGUGUUUUUGCGUGCAGUUUAUGGUUUAUGUUUCAUAAAAAAUUUUGGCAAAAGGUCACUCAAAGCAGCAAAUAAGUAAUGAAAUAAAAUAAUACGAUUUUAAAUGUUUAAAUGUAAUUGUAAGUGCGUUAUGUAUUAGAAACAUUUAACAAUAGAAAGAAGUUCUCGUUGAUAGUCAACGAAUUCAUAUUGGUGCGGUUAGCUGGCAAGGCAGUUGCGAAACAAACGAUUCUGUAAGCAGUGACUCUAAAGCGACUAUAAACAAUUAACUCACCAAUAGCAAAUAUAAUUUCAAAUUAAAAGCCAGUAUAUAAACAUAAUUAAAAUUAGCACACUAUCAACUGAGCGAUCGAACCACCGAACGCAUAAGUAACUUUGCUACCCGCGUACAAUUAAACACAGCAUGCACAAAAGCGAUGGGCGGUUUCCUGGAUAAGCCGAAAACAACAAAACAUAACGACCAUGGGGAAGGAAAUAAACUUCUUUUCGGCGUCAGCUCCAUGCAGGGCUGGCGUUGUGAAAUGGAGGACGCUUACUAUGCACGCACCGGUCUUGGAAGCGAGCUCGAAGAUUGGAGUUUCUUUGCCGUUUUUGACGGGCACGCUGGUUGCAAAGUGUCAAAACAUUGCGCCUCAAAUCUGCUUGACUGUAUCAUUUGCACAGAUGAAUUUAGGAAUGGUGACCACGUGAAGGGCAUACGUACCGGCUUCCUACGCAUCGAUGAAAUGAUGCGGGUGUUGCCCGAAUUCACUCAAGAUGCAGAAAAAUGUGGUGGCACAACUGCGGUGUGUGCGUUUAUAUCGCCCACACAAGUUUACAUUGCGAACUGCGGUGAUUCGCGCGCCGUGCUAUGCCGUCAGGGGGUACCGGUAUUUGCAACACAAGAUCACAAACCGAUUUUGCCCGAGGAAAAGGAGCGUAUACACAAUGCGGGCGGCAGUGUUAUGAUAAAACGUGUUAACGGUACAUUGGCUGUGUCGCGAGCGCUGGGCGAUUAUGAUUUCAAAAACGUUAAGGAAAAGGGUCAAUGCGAACAAUUAGUGUCGCCAGAACCGGAGAUUUUUUGCCAAAGUCGCCAGGAUACAGAUGAAUUUUUAGUUUUAGCUUGUGACGGUAUAUGGGAUGUUAUGACCAAUGAGGAUUUAUGCAGUUUUGUCCACUCGAGGCUGAGAGUGACGAACGAUUUAGUAAAUAUAGCAAACCAAGUCGUCGAUACAUGCUUGCACAAGGGCAGCCGAGAUAACAUGAGCAUAAUAAUAAUCGCUUUCCCGGGCGCACCACAACCAACUGAAGAAGCCAUAGAAGCGGACAAACGGCUGGAGAAGCAAAUCGAGAAACUAACAAGAGAGGAGAUAGAAUGUAAUGAAGUCACGCAGUACUUUGAUUUAUUGCAAGCACUACAGAAUAAGGAUAUUGAAGGUCUUCCUCCUGGUGGCGGCUUACAGUCAAAAUAUGCAGUCAUCGAGCGAACGUUCAAAGAGUUGUAUCCAGAUCAGGACUGCGAAAGUCCUUCUCAUUGAACCACCUCAAAAACAAAGUAAUAACAAAACAAAAUAAUUAAAAAACAAAACAAAAACAAAUCGGUUAUAACUUUGAUAAAGUGCAAAUUUAACUGAAGUAACCAAAUAGAAGAAAUAAUUAAAUACAAAAAACAGGAAUAAAACAAAUAAUACACUGAAAGAAAAAAAUGGAAAAUUACUGUAGCAAAAAGCCAGAAACACUCGUAAACAAAUGAUACAGAACAACCAAGUUUAGGGUUAAGAAGUUACAUAUACAUAUUUGCAGACUUGUUGUGAAGCUAUAAAGCCUGGGCUAGCUCGGUGAGAGUGACUUAAAACCUGUGAGCCCGGUAGGUUCUCAUAUAGGUACCAAACAUUUUGCGGCAGUUCACAAAAGCGAGUGCAGUCAACAACACUAAGUUUUUCGUUACUUUGAGGAGAAAGCUGGAACAUUACCACAACCAUACAGACGAACGGUAACAAUAGUGCGCACACUAAAUACACACACACACACACACUUAUGGUGAACCAAUUCUACUGAAGCGUUGCUCUGAUUGCUUAUGUGCGUUAGAAUGUGCAGCCAAAUUCAUCUUUAAAACGCAACACAUGGCGGCUUCCGUCUAAACACCUGUCUAUAACACCAACGAUGUGUCCACACACCCACGCAUACGAAUCUACUCGAAUGUUAUGUCCUGCAUACAUGCAUAUAAGAAGCCAUUCGAUGAACACCUAAGUUUUAGUGACGUUUUGUGUACAAAAGCCUAUACCGUAAAUAAGUAACUGUUAUAUGUUUGUUUGUAUGUUAACAUGAAAUAAGUAAAUCAGCUUUGGAGUAGUGCUUAUAGUUUCUUGCAGUAGCAAAAAUAACAAAAUGUCACCUCAAAAUGGCUGCAUGUGCAGCUACUUGACAGAAGCAUUGUCAAAAAGAUGUUUCAGUUUUGUUAUUACACCGGUGUAAAGUAUAACGCACAAUCACACAACACCACCGCGACCGCCGCACCAUGCGGAGCGCUGCAGACUGGUAAGAGAGCUUGGCCGUGCUUGUGCGCCUGUAAUCAUUAUCAACAGCAAAACGAGGGAGCCAACUAUCUUCAUAUAAUUGUAUUGGCCGAUCGUUUUUUCUAUUGCUUGCCGCGAGCUGCCCACCAAUUUGGAGCGAAUGCAAAAUUUCAAAACUGUUUUAAAAGCACAUUUACAUAUUUACUUUACUCUUACUUUUUAAUUCGUUUUACUUUUAUACUAUAUACGACCUAAACGAGAAAAUAACGGUUUACAAGUAACUGAAUUUUUGGCGAUUAAACACAAAUCCUACAAAAAAUCCAACAAACUAAGUUAAAGAAAGAAGAAAAAAGAAUAAAAAAACAAAAGCAAAAACACACAAAUAAGAUUUUACAAUUUUCCACAUACUGUCAACAACAACUACUUACAUACAUACAUACAUAUAUAUUGUGUACGUAUUUGUAAUCUGAGUAUAAAAAGUAUAAAAUUAGUUGAGAAGCUUAAUUAAUGAAAAUAAUAAAAUAAAAAAACCUAAAAAUAUGGUAAUAAGUUGUAAGUGAGUAAAGCAAAAAAAAAAGAAGUAAAUAAACAAAAACAACAAAAGAAGUGGUAAUAAGAAUAUACACACACGUGUUUGUAGUGAAUGUUAAUAAAUGAAUGAUAACUAAAAUACAAAGAUUAUAUGUAAAAAAA